UUUCUCGUACACGUAAACCUGCUCGGCACUUGCGCACACACACCAACACAUCAUCGUGUCAAAUACCAACGAAAGCAAUCACUCGCGCAGUUUCUUCUUCUUCUUCUUCUUCUUUUUUCUUUCUCGUCUUCUGUUGCUGAAUUUCGAUUUCUCAAUUCUCAAUCUCAAGGGGUUUUGCAUGUAUAAGGUGAAAUGAUGCACUCAGUAGCUAUAAUUACUUUUGGAUGCUGGAGAUAAGGCGUGAUGGGCGGUUGCUGCUGCUGUUGUUCUUCUAAGGAGACUGUGUUGAGCGCUCCACCUGCCUACUAUUAUUAUCCAAGAGCACCAGAGGAGCAUGUUCCUCUAUCAUCUCACCAGGGUGCCGCUUCUUCUUUCUCUGGGCGACUCUUGGUUGAUACUAAUCUAGAUACGUCAUCUCCUGAUACUUAUAGACCUCCUCCUGCUCCUAUCCCUUUCAAUGUUACGUUUGGUACCACUCAAACUCCACCUGCAGCUCAAGAAAUUCGUAGUGACAAGCAUAAUGCACCCUUGCUUUCUACAGAUUCUAGUGCAAUUCAAGAACCAGUAUCUGGAGACAAUCAUGGGACCCCAGUUAAGAUGGAAGAGCUGAAGGAAUCAGAAUGCAAAGUUCAGGCUGAUCUAGAGAUAGAUUCUGCUAAGGGUUCUGAAAUUGAACUUGCAAAGCCUGGAAAACCUGUAAUUUUAGUAGAAGAGGAGGAUACAUGCCCAAUUUGUUUAGAAGAAUAUGAUGCAGAGAAUCCAAAACUCGCAACAAAUUGUGACCAUCAUUUUCACCUUGCAUGCAUUCUGGAAUGGAUGGAAAGAAGUGAAACUUGCCCUGUGUGCGAUCAGGUUUCUCCCAAUAAUUCUCAAUCUCUCUUCUAUCUUCACAUCAUUUCGAAUAUGUCCUAAUGAAUAUGAUACUUUGUACAAUUCUGUCUUUUUCUAAUGCAGGAUUUGGUUUUCAACCCUCCCAUUGAAUAAUACAUGUCAACUUAGGAGUUCAAAUAUAGUGUGUGUGAGAAGCGAGAUUACAAAGUCAUGACUUUAAUAUGGUAGCAACCUGAAUUGAUGGCUGUAUUUGGAUUGUUUCGUUUUCUUUGUUUUCUGGAUUAUUCCAUUUUUUACUCACUGUCCCCUGCGUUGCAGCAUACAGGAAAUUGAAGGAAAUAUUCUCUCUUUCAUAGUUUUAUGAAUUAGCAUGUUUCAAAGUGAUAUCUGGAUGUUACAUCCGAAAACAGCAGCCAAUAUGAUUUCUCUUGUUGAUUGUAAAACUUUUGUUACAUUGUCAAAGAAUGGUAGGAUGUUCUCUCUCUUUGAUCUUUUAUAAAGGUGGGAAUACUAGUUCUUCGUUUGAGGUGUUA